AGAUUAUCUUGUAUCAACGCACGUGAUAACGCCACGUAGACGAUCCGUGAGAUUGAUCAAAAACCAAUCAUGUUCGUAUCAGCACCUCUAUAUAUAUCUCGGUAUCACUCGGAGAGCGAUCAUUAAUCGUCAAUUUACAACUAGUCGCGAAAUCCGAAUUUUAUCCAAAGCAAUGGCACCGAAGGCAGAGAAGAAACCGUCGGAGAAAGCACCAAAGGCAGAUAAGAAGAUCACGAAAGAAGGAGGAAGCGAGAGGAAGAAGAAGACUAAGAAGAGCACAGAGACGUACAAGAUCUACCUAUUCAAGGUGUUGAAACAAGUUCAUCCUGAUAUCGGGAUCUCUGGAAAAGCCAUGGGAAUCAUGAACAGUUUCAUCAACGACACCUUCGAGAAAAUUGCUCUGGAAUCGUCGCGAUUGGCUAGGUAUAACAAGAAACCGACGAUCACGUCCCGGGAAAUCCAAACCGCCGUAAGGCUCGUGUUGCCUGGUGAAUUAGCGAAGCACGCUGUUUCUGAGGGUACCAAAGCCGUCACCAAAUUCACCAGUUCUUAGAUUAGGUUCUUUUUUUCUCUUCGAUUUUAUUUUCGGUUAAUAUGUUCACCAGUUGAUUUCAAAGAUAUAAUUUUCGGCAGUCUCUUCGAUAUUUUCUAUGAUUGAUUUUACGUUAUGAUGCUAUUGAAAUUAGGGUUUACAAAUCUUUGGGUAUAAUAAAUACAAAAUUGUAAAGGAUCUCGUUUCUUC